GGGCUGCUCACAGCCAGACACAGACAGGGAACCCAACUUUCCCAGACCACGGAGACAAGCCCACGAGACAAACGCAGCCCAGAUGACUCCCAGGCUUCUUGUUUCUGUUGUUUUGCUACAUGUUCUCCAACAAGGGAGCACGAGCAAGAAAUUACCUGGAGUGGAGCAAUAUGAAAUAGUUUACCCACAGAAGUUGCACACAGUACAAAAGAGAGAUGUAGAAAGAAACAAAGAGAGAAAAUAUGAUGACACAAUGGAGUAUGGAAUCAAAGCCAAUGGAGAGGAAGUUAUACUGCACCUAGAAAAAAAUAAGCACCUCCUGGCUAGAGAUUACACUGAAACAGUUUAUUCGGAUGAUGGUCGACAAAUAACAACGAGCCCUCAGAUCAAGGAUCACUGUUAUUAUGAAGGUUACAUUCAGGAUGAUGCUGAUUCCACAGCGAGCAUCAGUGCUUGCAAAGGUCUAAGUGGAUACUUUGAGACCCGUGGUCAGAAGUACCUCAUUGAGCCCUUGGGAACUUCAGACAGAGGUGAACAUGCAGUCUAUAAGUAUGAGAAACUUGAACAAAAAGCCAUACAAACCUGUGGUCUAAUCAACAAUACCUGGGAAUCAGAUUCCAGUGACCCCACCAACGACAUCUUCAAGUCCAGCAACAGUCCAGAAAUGAAGGCAUAUCUGAAAGCAAAGAAGUACCUGGAAGUUUACAUCGUUGCAGACAAUUCUUUGUAUAAGAAGUACGAUGAAGAUGUUAAAACUAUAAGACAAAGGAUAUUUGGGAUGGUCAAUUACAUCAACAUGGUUUAUAAGGCCAUAAAUGUCUACGUGGCUUUAAUUGGCCUGGAAAUCUGGACAGAUGGCAACAAAUGCCUCCUGAGUCGUGCUGCAGGAUUCACUCUGGACAGCUUCUCAAAGUGGCGUCUGUCAGACUUGUUGAAGAGGAAGAGAAAUGACAACGCACAGCUAAUCACAGGCUAUGACUUUGAGGGGACAACGAUUGGAUUAGCCUUCCUAAAAUCCAUCUGCAGUGAUACAUUUUCUGCAGGUAUUAUUCAGGACCAUAACCGAAAUGAGAUUGCAGUGGCAGCUACCAUGGCACAUGAGAUGGGACACAACCUUGGCAUGAGUCAUGACACUGAUGCCUGCACGUGCAAUGCUCCAGUUUGUAUCAUGACAGAUACUGUCAGUUCUAUCGUCCCCAAGAAGUUCAGCUCUUGCAGCCUCCAAAGCUUUGAGAAAUACAUGCUGAGUGAGAUGCCAAAAUGCUUAACUAACAUCCCAGACCCAAGCAGCAUCGUUGCACCUCCAUCCUGUGGAAAUGGCUUUGUGGAGCAAGGAGAGGAAUGUGACUGUGGCACUCCUGAGGAGUGCACAAACGACUGCUGCGAUCCCGAGACGUGCAAGCUGACAGCAGGCUCCACGUGUGCACAUGGAGAGUGCUGUGAAAACUGCCAAUAUAAAAAGCCAGGAGCUAUUUGCAGAGAGGUUAAAGAUGACUGUGACCUGGCUGAGAUGUGCAGCGGCUUCUCUGAGCACUGCCCAGCCGAUCGGUUCCGGGUGAACGGGUACCCCUGCAACUACGGCGAAGGUUAUUGCUACAUGGGAAGCUGUCCCACCCGAGAAAACCAGUGCAAAGCUGCUUUUGGAGUGGAGGCUACUGAAGGUGCAGCUUCCUGCUACCGGAUGAACGAGAAAGGGGUGUAUUAUGGAUACUGCAGGAAAGAACAAGGUAGUCACGUCCCCUGUCCAAAAAAAGACAUCAUGUGUGGGAAGUUGUUCUGUACGGGGGGCAAGGAGAUGCCUCGUGAUGGCAGCCUGGUGACUUUUGACUCCUGCAAAGCGAGUUUUCCUAGAAAUGAAGAAGCAGACCCAGGGAUGAUUCUCGAUGGAACCAAGUGUGGGAAUGGGAUGGUGUGCAGCAAUGGAGAAUGUGUCUAUGCUGAAGAUAUCUUUAGAUCAACCAACUGCUCUGCCAAGUGCAGUGGACAUGCUGUGUGUGACCAUGAGUUGCAAUGCCAGUGUGAAGAAGGAUGGGCACCACCGACCUGUGACAGCUCAUCAGCUGUCACCAGCUUUGCUAUUGUUGCUGGUGUGCUGGUUGUCCUUGCUGUCACAGCAACUGCAGCAGUGCUACUCACCCGCUCCCGAGCGUUCAACAAGAGCUGCCAGAGAAGGGGACCUGGAGCCACCAACCAAGUCUUUGCAGAUCAAGAACAAAGAUGCAGAGAACACCCUGUGCAGGCAGUACCUGCCCAGGAGGUGAAUGAUAAGAAACUGCUCCUUCCUGUACCUCCACUGCCAACAAACAAACCACAGCACCAGAGUCCUGUCAUAAGGCCAAAAGGUCCCCCACCCCCACCUCCAGUUCCUUCUGCCAAACCAACCUCUUCUCACACAGAAGAGACUUUUGUACCAGAGAGGAAACCUCCUCAUCUCCCAGUUCCCAAAGGCAAACCUCCACCUCCUCCAAAGGCUUUAAAACCUCCAAUUAAUCCCAGAGUAUGAAGCAUCUGAUGAAGACACCAGGAAUUUUCAGGGACAACUUGUUUGUCCCUUGGUUCUUCCACUUUUGGCAAAGGCAACCAAGACAAUCUGCUUUGUUCCCUUUGAAAACAAGAGCAACUGACUGACAGCUGCUUUGAAAGAAAAAGGUUGUGUUUCAGCAGCAACAAACUCUUUGAUGGUGACAAGAAGAUACUGUCCAAAAGGAACUGCAGCAGAAUCGCUGCUUGCACUGAGGUGUAGACUGGGAAUAAGUUAUGAAAGCUGCUUAACACCUCCCAACUCCCAGAGCACCACCACCACAAGAUGUGGCUGCCCUGGGAUGUCCUGCAUCUACAGCACUUGUCUGGGUACAGACCUGAGAUGAUCAGGGAAAGUGUGGCUACUACAUGUUUGUACAUUGUCAGCUUCUUGGCACAUUUCUGGACCUUUGCCAUCCCUCUCUCCAGCCAUGGAGCUGACCUCCUCUCCUUCAUGCACACCUUGGCAAGGUCUGGAAACAGAGAAACCCUUCCUGCCCUUUGGAGAAACGUUUGUGUCCUCCAGGCUGUGGAUUAAUACCAUCACACACUGGAAAUGCAUUGAUCCUUUUGGAUUGGACUCACUGAAUCUUUAGAUUACCUGUGAAUCCUUCUGUUGAACAGGUAAAACUGGAGAUAUGCUCAAAAGCAAAACACACAGGAGUCAAACCACUUGUUUCUUGCAAGUGCUCCAGAGCUCUGGCUGUGCCAGUUUAAAAAGAGCUCCAGCUGCCACCACUGCACUUGGACAGCAACAUUCAGAAACGCACAGUCAACAAAACCCUUAAUCAUUUAUUUCAUUUGCCCUCCAGCUCCAGAAAUAUCUGACUGUUUCUCCCUUCCAGGAUAUACACACCUUGAUGGUUUUGUUUAAUUGCACUUGCAAUUAAAGGUGUGUUAUUGCAAAGUUGCUAAUGAGAACAGGGCUGAGCACAGGGCUUUGUUAUUGUGGGACAGCAUCACAGCUUGAGGCUUUGCACACUGGUUUUUGGACUGAGGGGUGUCUUCAUUCCUCCUGGCCUCUUGGCAUCAGCAUUGUUGACACUACUGGCCUGCUGGCAUAGAUCUGCAUGAUACUGUUGGCAUUGCUGUUGGUGCUGUGAGAGGGUGCUGGCACUGAUGCUGUUGUUGCCCUUGGCACUGGUACAUUCAUCUGGUUGGCAUCGAUAUUUUUAAGAGCACAGAAGGACUUGUCAAGGAACACAAAUUUUACCAAGGAGAAAAAGACAAAAAGAAAGAGAGAGAGAAAGCAAACUGCCCUGGACCCAAAGUCCUCCAGAUUUUAUGGAGGUUCCAGCUUGAACUGGAUCAGGAUCAGAAUUAGAACCUGGAUCCAAAUCCAUUAUGCUGUGGCUCAGGCAGUUUCCAGCCCUUGGGCAUAGUGGCUUUGCUAGAGAAGACCACACUGGCUGCCAAAAGCCCAAAACCAGAUCUGAGGCCUUGGGCCAGGACUGCACACAUUAACUGUUACCUGCUUCUGACCAAGGCCUGUUAGGACUUUAAAAAAGCCUGAAACCUUCUACUCCAGCUCAUGAACCAGCCCAUGGCUCCUCUGGAGACAUUCAAACCCAGCUGGAUGAGAUCCUGUGUGGCCUGUUCUAGCUGGUCCUGCUCUGGCAGGGAGGCUGGGUAGGAUGAUCUUUCAAGGUCCCUUCCAACCCCUAAGGUUCUGUCAAAUCCUGCUCCAUGUACUCUUGUUUGCACACUGAACACAUAACUGUGCUGCCACUUUUCAAAGGCAGAGCUUUCUUAUUUCCAGGGGCCAUGGCUGCAGCUGCAGAACCCUCAGCUCUGACACACAAAUUCAUCUCCAAACACCUAAUUUCUUCUCUAGGGCCAGGCUUGAUUGGAGGUUGCCAGUCAAGAACUGUGUGCUCUGCAAAGCACAGAUGUGAUGAAAUGCCAGCCUUCAGUUUGAGGAGUGAGAUGAGUUUCCUAUUUAAGGACAGAUAUGAUUUGGAAGGGAUUACCUCUCUUCCCCUUCAGAUAAUUGCUUCUUUAUUUGAGUCAGCAAUGCAUUUUCAUCUGUAUUUUGACUAUGGUGUAAAGAUUGAGAGCUCAUUUUUUAUGGCCUCUCAUUAAUGCAUUUACAGAGAUUUCUGUAUUAAAAGUA